AUGCACUUCUCCACCGCCUACUUCAUCCUCGCCUCCCUGGCCGGUCUCGCCUACUCCAAGCGCACCGAGGGCUCCGGCGACUUUUCGGUCACCAUCAACGGCGCCACCUACAGCCCUUCCGAGGGCAAGAGCGACGAGCCCAAGAAGCUUUCGACCUGCACCGGACUCAUCAAGGUCCGAGGCGUCCACGUCGGGUACGACAUUGACUGUGCCACCCUCGCUGUUCUGAACUACACCCUCACCGGUGCUGCGGAUGGUCAGCGCAUGGUCACCAAGCCCACCGUCGUCUUCUCCUCCAAGACCGCCACCCUCACCCCUGCCCAGCUCAAGGGGUCCACCAUCUCCAAGUUUGAGCUCCGUGACGACAACUUCAACAUCAUCUUCAACACUGGCGCUGGCAAGCUCAAGGUCCAGAGCAAGGAUGGCGCGCAAGGCGGGAUCUUCCAGAUGGAGACGGAGUUUGCGGCGAACGUCGAGUUCACCCAUACCCUGGGUCCGGAGCUGUUCUACUUUACCAACGCGGUGACUGGCAAGAUCAACUUUGGCAACGGUGUGUCCGGCGACUCCACCCACAAGAUGCUCCUCGGCAAGGACAGCCCCCAAGUCGCCACCAAGACCUACCAGGACGGCCGCAUCACCCGCUGGAACGUCUCUCCCGGCGGUCGUCUCGGCGGUGUACUCGGCGAGGACUCGACCGAGCUCGGAGCUGGCGCGUCCAAUUGCACCAGCGACUGUCAGGCGCAGAACCAGAUCAAGGGGUCCAUCCCGCCCUCGGCAGACCCCGUCGAUCCUACUCCCCUUCCCGGAGCCAAGAGGGCUCGUUCUAUUAGGUACUCUAUGGCUUGA